AUGAAUCCCAGAGAAUCUCUACCUCCUGGUUGGGAAAUGAGACUUGAUGAGAAAUCAGGGCACUUUUAUUUUGUGGAUCAUAACACUCGGUCUACGCAAUGGAAUCAUCCUGUAACAAAUCAAGAAUAUUCAUCUCCAAUAAACGGAACGAAUACAUCAAUUUUUUCGGAACAGAACUCGUCUGAUGUAUGUGGCUCUAGUUGUGAAAAAACAAUCGCAGAUGUAAUGUCGAGGGCACGCUCACUACAGCCAACAAUCGAUUGUUUUAAUGGUGCACCUCAGAGUAAAGAAUAUAAACAUCUUAUGGAAAACUUGGAACAAUUAAUACUGAGUUUGGAUAACUUAAAAAGUGAUGGAAAUGAAGAUGUUAGAUCUAUGCGGCGAGAUGCUAUCAAAGAAAUCCAACAAUUAAUAGAAAUGUUAGACUAUCGUUCCUUAAUUUCCAGUGAAAAUGAUGAAAAAUCGUAG